ACCAUUUUAGCCUGUGAUCCGGAGCGAUCCAGAGGACACAGUGGAACACCGAUGUACAGGACCUCUAUGUGAGGUCCCAAUCAUGUGGUCACUGGUUGGCAAAUCAGUGAUCACAUGAUCGGGACCUCGUACAGAGGUCCAGCCCAUCAAUCGGUGUUCCACUGUGUCCGGAGGACACAGCGGGCACCGGAUCGCGGUGCUGCGCGCUCCCAGGGAGCGCGCACAGGCAGGGUGCGGAGAAGACGUUUAUAAACGGCCACCCGACCCUGCAGUGCCACCGUCCAGCCAUUUAUAUACAACGGCUGGACGGGAGGUGGUUAAACAUGUCCAGUAAAAAAAUUUUAA